AUGGCGGAGAUGGUUAGCUCCGCAGUUAUCCAGGAAACUGUUAGCCAGAUCCUAUCUGGGCUGGUUCAAAAAUAUGAGGAGAAAGAGGAAUCAAAUGUGAACAGAAACUUGGAGAGGCUACAGAUGGCGCGCAUCUGGCUGGAGGCUGCUCUCGAUAUAUCUGAUAAGUGGCAGGUCACUGAUGCUUCCUUGUUGCGUUGGCAUAAAAAGCUGAAGCGUGCUGCUCAAGAAUGUGAUGACACGCUGCACAAAUGCAAGCAGAGAAUUGUAGAGGGUGAACAGAUGGAACAAGAGGUGAGGAAGUCCUCCUUUCCUACACGAGUAGCACAUGCCACCAAGUCAUUUAUCUCUAGUGCCUUUAGCGAUAAAAGCUCUGCAAUAGCAGUGACUGAAAGCAAGGGGCAGCAGUGCUUGCAUUCAGACGUUACCUCGGAACAGCUGGAAAAAGUCAUGCUGCAACUGGCAAUAUAUCACUUCCAGCGGAAUGCCGAAGCAACAGUCUACCAGAUGCUUUGGAAGUAUGAACAUAAUACUGCAUAUAUUCAGGUUGAGAAGGCCAGCUUGAAGAUGCAAAGCACAGGAAAAUUGAUUUGGGGUUCUGGGAAAGGAAAGAUCUCACGUGGACAGGUUCAGACAUAUGUGAUCCCUCACUUCGUCAACAUGUGGGUUGCACAGGCACCCCUCUGGCUGCAAGGCUUGAUUGGAAACUGGGUUCUCAAUGAAUCGCCUGAAAUCGUAAAUCAUGGUGCAGUAUGGAUCCAUAAUAGGAGGGAGCAAUAG